AUGUCCGGCAGGACAACUCCGACCUCAAUAAAAGGUCUCCAGGUGCCUCUGCUCCUCACACAGCUUCAGCUCUCAGCAAGAACAAGAACGGUCCUCACUCCGGCCACCCUUCACUCCUCACCCAACACCAUGUGCUCCACUGGAUGCUGUUCCACCGGAUGCUGCUCUGUCGUGAAGAGCAAGACCGUGUGCUGCACCCCCUGCAAGACUGUGUGCUGCAGCCCAUGCAAGACUGUGUGCUGCAGCCCAUGCAAGACUGUGUGCUGCAGCCCGUGCAAGACCGUGUGCUGCAGUCCCUGCAAGACCGUGUGCUGCUCCCCGUGCCAGAAGCCCUGCUGUGACCCGUGCCAGUCCUGCUGUGAUCCGUGCCAGUCUUGCUGUGACCCGUGCCAGAAGCCUUGCUGUGAUCCGUGCCAGUCCUGCUGUGACCCUUGCCAGUCCUGCUGUGAUCCGUGCCAGAAGCCCUGCUGUGAUCCAUGCCAGUCUUGCUGUGAUCCAUGCCAGAAGCCCUGCUGUGACCCGUGCCAGUCUUGCUGUGAUCCAUGCCAGAAGCCUUGCUGUGACCCGUGCCAGUCCUGCUGUGACCCAUGCCAGAAGCCCUGCUGUGAGCCAUGCAAGACUGUCUGCUGUGACCCGUGCCAGUCCUGUUGUGAUCCGUGCCAGAAGCCCUGCUGUGAUCCAUGCCAGUCCUGCUGUGACCCGUGCCAGAAGCCUUGCUGUGAUCCGUGCCAGACCUGCUGUGACCCAUGCCAGAAGCCCUGCUGUGACCCAUGCCAGAAGCCCUGCUGUGAGCCAUGCAAGACUGUCUGCUGUGACCCGUGCCAGACCUGCUGUGACCCAUGCCAGAAGCCCUGCUGUGACCCGUGCCAGUCUUGCUGUGACCCAUGCCAGAAGCCCUGCUGUGACCCGUGCCAGUCCUGCUGUGAUCCAUGCCAGAAGCCUUGCUGUGACCCGUGCCAGUCCUGCUGUGAUCCAUGCCAGAAGCCCUGCUGUGACCCGUGCCAGUCCUGCUGUGAUCCGUGCCAGAAGCCUUGCUGUGACCCGUGCCAGUCCUGCUGUGACCCUUGCCAGAAGCCUUGCUGUGACCCGUGCCAGUCUUGCUGUGACCCAUGCCAGAAGCCUUGCUGUGACCCGUGCCAGUCCUGCUGUGACCCAUGCCAGUCCUGUUGUGACCCUUGCCAGAAGCCUUGCUGUGACCCAUGCCAGUCCUGCUGUGACCCUUGCCAGUCCUGCUGUGACCCGUGUCAGUCUGUGUGCUGCACCAAGGUGUGCCACAAGUCCGUGUGCUGUGUCCCACGGCCCUGUUGCUCUCCUUGCUGCGUGGUGAAGAAGCCCGUGGUGGUUUGCUGCACCCCCGUGAGGAAGUACUGCACCCCCUGCAUCCCCAUCCAGCAGUGCUGUGCCAGCCUCAGGAAGACCUGCUAA